AUGGCACCUAGUAAAGUUAUAUUGUUGGCAUGUGGUUCAUUUAAUCCUCCAACGAAUAUGCAUUUAAGAAUGUUUGAAUUAGCUAGAGAUAAUUUAAAUAGACUGGGGCAAUAUUUAGUUAUAGGAGGCAUUGUAAGUCCAGUACAUGAAGCAUAUGGUAAAAGAGAAUUAAUACCAGGCACUUACAGAUGUGAAAUGUUAAAAUUAGCUUUAAAAUCAUCAGACUGGAUACACAUCUCAGAUUGGGAAUGUUCUCAGGAAACUUGGUCACGUACGAGAAGAGUUCUUCAACAUCAUCAGAAUGUUUUGAAUUCUAUAUUAAAUGAUCAGAUUGAUAUACCUAAUAAUAACAAUCAAAAAAUUGAUUUGGAAAAUGGUUACACUUAUGAAAGUUGGAUAACAAAUGAUAUAAGAAAUAUGGAAGGACCCAUUCAAAUAAAACUUUUAUGCGGAGCUGAUUUAUUAGAAAGCUUUGCUACCCCUGGUCUUUGGGCUGACGAAGAUGUUGAAACUAUAAUUGGUCAUUAUGGUAUUGUCGUCAUUACCAGACAAGGAACAGAUCCUUGGAGAUUUAUUUACGAAUCAGACUUGCUCACAAAAUAUCAGCACAACAUAAUUAUCGUCAAUGAAUGGAUAACAAAUGAUGUUAGUUCGACAAAAGUCAGGAGAGCAUUGAGAAGACAUGAAAGUGUUAAAUAUUUAAUUCAAGACUCUGUUAUUGAUUUUAUUAAAAAGCACAAACUUUAUGGAACGCAUAAAAAUAUUACGUGA